GUGCAAAGUGUUGGCCCUUUCUGUUUUUAUCCGAUUCAACGAUCGUAGUUCGUUACCGGAGUAUUUUGGAGAGAAAUGAUGAAGAUUAUGCUCUUUUUGCGUUUCGUGGCGGUGCUGUGUCUGUUCACGGCAGCGCGUUUCUGUUACGCCGGCAGAAGUCGGUUUUCGGGUUCCCGGGAGAAUUUUGAGGUUAUGAAGCAUUUGAAUCGUUUGAAUAAACCUUCAGUUGAAUCCAUCAAGAGCCCAGAUGGUGAUAUGAUAGACUGUGUUCAUAUCUCUCAACAACCUGCUUUUGAUCAUCCCUUCCUCAAAAAUCAUACCAUUCAGAUGAGGCCAAAUUAUCAUCCAAAUUGGAUAAAUGAUGAUGCCAUCCAAGUGUCAGCUACAAUGAAGCCUUCUAAAGAUGAAGCAUCAUCAUCAUCAGAAAAUCAGCAAACAAUUACUCAAUUAUGGCAUUCAAAUGGGAAAUGCCCAAAAGGGACAAUCCCCAUUAGAAGAACAAAGAAAGAAGAUGUACUCAGAGCCACUUCUGUAAAAAGUUAUGGCAAGAAGAAGAGUGUUUCUACUGUUGCCUAUCCAAACUCCAUUGAUCCUGAGUACAUCAAUCAGAAUGGCCAUCAGCAUGCAAUAGCCUAUGCUGAAGGAGAAUUCUAUGGUGCAAAAGCAACAAUGAAUGUUUGGAAUCCAAAGGUUCAGCAAUAUAAUGAAUUCAGCUUGUCUCAAAUUUGGUUAUUAGGAGGCUCUUUUGCUUCAGAUCUCAACAGCAUUGAAGCCGGUUGGCAGGUGAGCCCAGAAUUGUAUGGGGAUAACAACACCAGACUCUUCACCUACUGGACUAGUGAUGCAUAUCAAGCAACAGGCUGUUACAACCUUCUGUGCUCAGGGUUUAUUCAAAUCAACAAUGAGAUUGCAAUGGGUGCCAGCAUCUCUCCUAUUUCACAGAAUCAGGGUUCCCAAUAUGAUAUCAGCAUUCUUGUCUGGAAGGACCCAGAGGAAGGAAACUGGUGGAUGCAAUUUGGGAAUGGAAAAGUAUUGGGAUACUGGCCAGCCACACUGUUUUCUUACCUUACUGAGAAGGCAUCAUUGAUAGAAUGGGGUGGAGAGGUGGUCAACACAGCCUUAGACGGGCAACACACGACUACCCAAAUGGGCAGCGGUCAGUUCCCUCAACAAGGGUUUAGUAAAGCAAGUUAUUUCAGAAAUAUUGAAAUUGUGGAUGAAUCCAACAAUUUAAGGACUCCUAAAGACAUUAACACCUUUACCGAACAACCCAAUUGCUACGAUGUUCGAACAGGCAACAACGGCGAUUGGGGCAGCUACUUUUAUUACGGCGGACCUGGUCGUAACCCCAACUGCCAGUGAAAGAUCAUCCGGGCAGCAGAUUAGGGCAGGUAUGUUGGUGAUACCCGUUGACAAAUCAAUGGAUAAAUUGGAACUUUUUUGGUUUUCGAGUUAGGAAGUGUGUGGUUGGUGAAUCCACGAAAACGUGGAAUGAUCAGAUUGAUCGGUUUUGCCCUCUUUGAAAUUAGUGAUAUUUAAGUUGUAUAUUGAGAGGGUUAGAUUAAAAUUAGAUGAAA